AAUAAGAUGAAGUCACUAUUCUCGCACAUUUUUGUGGCUAAAAUGACUUUUGAGUAAACAUAAGACCUGGACAUAGACGAGAUAUCGAGGUUUACCAAUUCAAUGCAAAUUACAAUUUAAUAUGGGCUGAAAACAGGUAAUCAAACUUAAUUGUAAAUUGAAAAUUUUAAUCUAACUCGAUAUAAUUCAAGGAGAUGGCGCUUAUAAAUCAGCUGUAAAUAUUGACAGAACUACGAUUAAUCAUUAAUGUAAACAUUGGCUAUUCUUGAGGCUAUUAUUAAUUUUUGAACUUUUCAAACUAUUUCAUGAUUUGCUGCUAUCGAAAGUAAUUUUAGUUUGUGAUCUAUUGGAUUAGAACAGUUAUGAACCAUUCUGAACCUAAUUUACAAUGUACCACAGGGAUUAAAGAAUGUUUGCCUAUCAAAAACUUGGAGGAACUGCUUUCUUGGAGUCCAGAUCAAUGUCCAAAUAUUACAAAAUUAGUUUCUGAUCUAGAGAAUCAUGUCUUCUUUGAUGGCCCUAAAGUUAUUGUCUGUCAUGACAUGAAAGGUGGUUAUCUAGAGGAUAGAUUUAUUGAUGGAGAUGAUAACCAUGAAGCUUAUCGUUUCUUCCAUUGGAAUCUAGUUGACACUUUCAUCUACUUUUCUCAUUAUUUCAUUUCGAUUCCACCAAUCACUUGGAUAAAUGCCGCUCACGUCAAUGGUGUUCCAGUUUUAGGCACAAUAAUAACUGAGGGUUCAAUAGGUCGAGAACUUUGUGAAAAAUUAUUGAAAUCGGACGAUAUAAUCAACUCUGUUUGUGAAAAGCUCAUAGCUUUAGCAAAACACUACAAAAUAGAAGGAUGGUUUAUCAACAUUGAGAAUGAAAUUGAAGAAAGUCUUAUACCCAAGCUGAUUCAUUUCAUAAAGACUCUUCGACGCCUGAUUAAACAGUCAAUUAACCAAGCACAAGUUCUGUGGUACGAUUCAGUCACCAUUGAAGGCUCCUUAAAAUGGCAAAAUUGUCUCAAUAACCGGAAUGUAGAUUUCUUUCAGUCUUGUGAUGGGAUAUUCCUUAACUAUACCUGGAAGGAUGACGAUUUGAAAAAUUCUCGAGACCUAGCAUUGUCAUUGGGUCGACUAAAUGAUGUUUAUGUAGGAGUUGAUGUUUUCGGACGAGGAAUGUUUGGUGACGGAGGCUUCAAAACCAAUCUAGCUAUUGACAAAAUUCGCGAAAAUUUAUUAUCUAUAGCAAUUUUUGCUCCUGGAUGGGUUUUAGAGAUACUCGGUCCCAAUGAUUUUACCAAUAAUCAAAUUAAAUUUUGGCGUGAACUACAACUUGAAAUCAGACAUUCUCCUAAAGUAUUGCCAUUCUCUACGAAUUUCUGUCAAGGAUUUGGUUUAUCUAAGUUUGUAAAUGGCUGUAAAGUUCAGGAUAAAUCGUGGUUUAAUCUAUCUCUUUCAAACACUACAACUCGUAAUUAUGUUGAAGAUGAAAUUUUUUUACAAGAUGCCUUUGAUGGUGGACACUCUAUUCGAAUGGUUGAUUGGAACGAGCCUAUUCUUAGUUGUUACUUUAAUCUUGACUUUGGCUUGGUUAUUGAUCUUAUCUACAAGGUUACCGGUAGCUCGAAAGCCCUCAUGACACCUAAAAUUAAAGUUCAAUGUCGUAAUUCAGAAGCAAACAAAACGUCUCUUGAAAGGUAAAAUAGCUUUAUCGAAAGAAAGAUAGAGUGUGACUCGGCACUAGAAAAUUUUGGAGAUUCUCUUGCAAGCUGGCAUCGAGCUCGCUUUUUGCUACCUGUUUCUAAUGAUCAAGUACUGACAUCAAUUUAUGUAGAAAAAUUUCCUUUAUCUGGUGAAUCGAAAUUUCUUCUUGGUCUUUUAAAAAUCUGUGUACCUGAUGAUGUUCAGCAGAAAUAAUUGUCAAGUAACAAUUACAGCAAAACCAACAAAUAAAUUAUCAAUCAAACAAAAGUUGCAAAUUUAAGGAUGACCAAUUUACUCAAAUCAUGGAUCUUCAUCUCACAGAAUCAUAAAUUUCUUUACACUAAUUUAUCACAAAAAAUUAAUUCCGGUUUACGAAUAUUUCUACAGAUUCAGCAACCGUCUCGUAAAGCCAUUCAUCCAUAACAGUGGCAAUUUACCGUUUAUGACGGGUACGGACUGUAAAAAUUAGUUACAGACUUUUAAUGUGGCUCGUAAAGUCUAGUCGCUGAAUUAAUGCUUUACAACCAAACAUGAUUGAAUCAACAAGUUUAUUCUGAAAUAAUAGUUUUAUAUUUUGUUGACAUCAUUUUUGUACUUUUAAUUUAAUGGAGUGAACAACCAAUUUGUUUUCAAAACAUUGAAUAUUUCAGAUUAAAAUUAUUAUAUUUAUAAUAAAUAAUGUUUUGACCAUUUUAACAUCAGCCGAGAUUAAUAUUUCAUCCGUAAUUUCUUUGUAUUUUCCAGAAAAAUGCGAAUCUCUAUUAGCUCCUGUAAUCUGAAUUGAUGAUACUAAAUGUGUAAAUAUUUCCUUAAAAUAAAAGUGAACAUUUCUCGCGAA